AUGGUCGCCACUUUCAUCGACAUCGACCCUCGCACUCCCCUGCUCAAGCAGCUCGAAGAGCGUCCCGAGGCCGGCUCCUGUGUGCUGGUCAACACUUUCCGUGUUCAGCCCGGUAAGAUGGACGAGGCCUUCGCUGCCUGGAAGAUCGAUGCCGACCUGGCCAAGAAGCAGCCGGGCUUCAUCUCUACCCAACUUCACCGCGGCGUCAACGGGAGCGACACGAUGCUCAACUACGCUGUUUGGGAGUCGACUGCGGCCCUAAAGGCAUACUACGACCUUCCUGAGUUUAAGGAGUCCCUCAACAACUACCCUGAUGGAACUGAAUGUCGCAUUGCUCUCUACCGCAAGCAGCACAUCGAGGGUGUCUGCCUUGCCUAA